UCAAGGUAGAACGCGAGCAAUUAUGCUUUUGAAUGUACGUGAUAGAGAAAGUUUAUACUUUGCAAAAGAAAUUUGGGAGGUACAUAUACAUGAUGUUAUCAAGAUCUAGACUUCUAGAUGCUCGUGGAAUUCCCGUAUUCAGGAUUUUUGAUUUCUCAGGGGCUGAUUAGACUCGAGCUCGAAUCAAUCCAGACCACCCGAAGAAUGGCAAUGCAUGCAAGCAGGAAGAGGACAAAGCAAAAUGUGUGGUACGUCACGAUACAUUUAUGGAGUACAGCACACAUUGUAGGUAACACGUCCAUCUUUCACUACCUACGUGAAGGAAGGCGCCUUCCUGAGUCAACACUACUUUUCAUCCGACAUCUCGCCUUGUGCCUGGUAGAAACACGUUGAGGUUGUCUGUCACUCAACUUAGAGACAUCGCCAUAGCUUUGUGCUCACUACAACAGAAAGACACCACUAGGCAUUCUUCACACGUG